GCGGGUCGGAACCCAAGGAGACGUCGAAGCAGAGUCCAGAACGCAGGAUUGUGUUCCGUACGAUCUAAGAAGUUGAAGGGAAGGGAUCGCAGCCACAGUCACUCCAUUCCUCGAAAUUAAUUUUGCGUUUUGGUGCUUUUGUUCGGAUUUUCAGGUGAGGAACGUCCUGUGUCGUUUAGGGUUAAAAUGGGGUUUAAGAGGGUGCACUGAUGUCAUUGUUCUUGCUGGUGAUUCGUCAGCUCGCAGAAUUCGAGGCUAUGGCGGCAUCGAAGAAGGUGAUGACAAGAGAAGAAUGGGAGAAGAAGCUUAAUGAUGUGAGGAUUAGAAAAGAAGACAUGAAUAAAUUGGUAAUGAAUUUCCUUGUCACUGAGGGUUAUGUUGAAGCUGCAGAGAAAUUCCGAAUGGAGUCUGGAACUGAACCAGACAUAGAUCUUGCAACAAUCACUGAUCGCAUGGCUGUUAAGAAGGCAGUACAAAGUGGUAAUGUUGAGGAUGCAAUCGAAAAAGUGAAUGAUUUAAAUCCCGAGAUACUGGACACAAAUCCCCAAUUAUUUUUCCAUCUUCAACAGCAACGGCUGAUAGAACUAAUCCGAAAUGGAAAAGUAGAAGAAGCUUUAGAGUUUGCGCAGGAGGAGCUUGCACCAAGGGGAGAGGAAAAUCAAAGCUUUUUAGAAGAGUUGGAGAGGACUGUUGCACUGCUUGCCUUUGAAGAUGUCUCUAACUGUCCUGUUGGAGAGCUUCUUGACAUAUCACAGCGUCUAAAGACAGCAAGCGAGGUGAAUGCGGCCAUACUCACAAGCCAAAGUCAUGAAAAAGACCCAAAACUUCCAAGCUUGUUGAAGAUGCUGAUAUGGACCCAAAACCAGCUGGGUGAGAAAGCUGCUUAUCCUCGCAUAAAUGAUCUGUCCACAGCUAUAUUAGAAGAUCCUGCUGUUUGAACACUUGUGGACGUUUCAGUGUCCAAUUUGUAGCUUUUAGGUUCUAGAUGAAGAUAUUGUGGUCAUUGGCAUUAAAAAUUGUGUGUACUUUAACGGAAAGAUAUUUGUUAAAUUUGGUGUCCCUUUUAUUUUAUCCUAUAUAGCUGCUGAAGUGGUUUUAUACCGUUGUACAACAAGAUUGUUAAUACAGUCAUCGAUUCUUUUCUGAAG